CUUCCACACAUAGCGUAUGAUCUCUUAUUUCCCGACACACUCAUUCUAACUACUCCGUACUCUGCCUCCAGUUCAGCUAAUGCUAACUAGCUAGCUUGCUUAAUAAAGAAUGACUCAUCAAUUUCAUUGAACGUGUCCACAGGAGCUUAACUUUAAUUUGACGUCAGGUCAUAUGAUCAACAUCAACUUCCUGUGAGCUGCCUUAGCGCAUCAUUACUUUGCCUAUUGUGAAUAGCAGUUUAACACUCUUCCAUAAGCUCUCUGAUGUAUGGUGCGAUUCAUUUUUCCUAUCUUUACUGCUCAUCUAAAUAUGCUGUCAACUUGUCUAGUAUUUUGACUGAUAGUCUCCCAUUUCCAUUCAUACCAGUUGCCUAAGCGCAGCUCUGAGCCGUCUCAACCAUGGGCCUUCAACCGGCAGAAAUAGAUCCACAUUUCACUGUGUUCAUAAGGCUACCUUUUCCUAGAGGUGACUUUGUAGAUACUCCUGCGGUCGACUGGAGUGUUGCCAAAGACCAUGCCCUGUGGGAUAUCCUCUCACGGCCUUCGAAAGGCAAUGAUAUUGACUGGAAAGGAUUGUACGCCUAUUUCUGUGCUCUCGUACCUAUCUAGUAAUGAAUCUAACAGCCUCUAGGGCAGAACAUUUUGACGUGACUCUGCCGUUCCUUCUUCAACAAGCAGCAUGGCUAUAUGAUCGGCAGCUAUCACAAGUUAGAGCUCAGAUACGAAAGGUUGGAAACCCUCAUUCUGCUGCAAGCUCGCCCGUGCCACAAUCGAUGUCCGGGAGUGCCGCCAUAGGUGGGCAGCCAAUGAAGAGAGUAGGGAGUAGUGCUUCAAAAGACCUGUCAAAAUUAUCGAUGCGCCAGAAGGAAGGACAAGUGGUUAAACAAGAUCCCUGUUCACCUCCUACGCCAAUUAAGUCCAAAGCUCUGUACCCAAAUAUUUCAUCAAUGAACCCCCCAAUUCAGGCAACUGGCAUGGGACUCCAAUCACACCGACAGGCAGCACCACCUUAUACAGAUUCCAUCACUCGUAAUCAACCAUCCUCAAAAAAGGAACUGCACACAGUUUCUUCGCCGCUUACAUCACCCCCUUUGGAUCAGGACAUCUCGCCAGCCAGCUCAUCGUCAUCGUCAUCUGAUUCCGAAGAAGAAGCGACAACGAGAAGAGGUCCACCGUUCAAAAGAUUUGGUAGAUUUUCUGUCCAUAGGGGAAGCAAUAGUAUUGACGAGGACGAAGAGGAUUCGCCGGCGUUUUUACCUCUACGUACGCACCAUAGCCAAUCUACACAACAAAUGGGGAAUGGUACUAGUGCAACACUUCGACAGGAGCCAGAAGCAGCCAGCCAUCCACAUGCUCCUUCGACUGAAGCCACCGUGCCUUUGACCAGGAUAUCAGCACCAGAGUCUUCAGCUAGUUCAGGGAGCUCAGGACCCGCAAGCGGCACAGCAGCACACGAAAGAACCCAGCCCUCUCGCCACCCCACCGCUCUCAGUCCGAGGAGGGCUGCAGAAUUAGCUCGACUGGGUCCACGCCGACGGGCAGCUGGCCGAGAGGGAAGUGAUGGGACCCCUAGCAUGGGUAGUAGCUUUAGCGAUUUGGAUGACGCCAGUUUAACACAAUCUGCACUCGAAGAAGCACUCCUAAGCACAAUGCAACGCGGCGGGGUUGCAAGCAGGAUGAGUACUAUCAGCCAGGCCCUCAAAAGCCGAUAUUUGUAAUACGCCUAGAAUCGGACCGUUACAUUGCUACAUAGACUAGCCUCUAUUCUAUUAGAUUUUAGAUAGGGUUCUGACUAAAUAGUUAAAGAAGAAAAUAUUUACCUCGAAAUUGAUGGUGAAAACCGAAUAUCACGUGACA